AUGGCAUCUUCACAUCCUAGUGUCAAAGAUAGCCCGAACUACCUUGUGGAAAAUGCUAUUGAGGAGGUGGAAUCACCACUAGAUUCGCCGUCUACAGAAACAGACUCAGAAAGAGAUGUCCAAAGCAAUAAAUUGGAAGGUGAAUAUGAAGAUCAGGAAAUCGAAACGGAAAGCUCUGAUUCCGACUUGGAUUUGGACUCCGAUGCAGAAGUAGAUCCAACCGACGAGUCACUUUCUACCACUAUCAUCCAGGAAAUCGACGACGGGACAUAUAUCUGUCUCGUAUGCACUUGUGAAAUCGACAGACACCUGGAGAUCUGGUCAUGUCAGAAUUGCUACCGAGUGUACGACCUCGAGUGUAUUAACGACUGGGCAACUCGAGGAUCAUCUACAAACGCUCAGAAUGAAUGGCGAUGCCCCGCAUGUAACGUGGAGCACCGUACAAUCCCAUCUAAAUUUACCUGCUGGUGUGGCAGAGUGACCAGACCAAGUGCUGAUACGUUAAUUCCGUUCAGUUGCGGGAACCCAUGUAAUGUCAAGUAUCCACACUGUGUUCAUUCAUGUUCGUCUGUUUGCCAUCCUGGAAAACAUCCGGAGUGUGGAGCGUUGGGCCCAGUCAUGAAUUGUCGAUGUGGAAAGCACAAUCAGCAAUUACCAUGCUUGGUGACUCCAUACCAAAUGGGAUGGACAUGCGAUACGCCAUGUGAUACUGUGGUGUGUGAAAUGGACCAUAAGUGUUCUGGUGGCUGCCACCUGGGAUUCUGUGGGCCAUGUAAAGACCAAGUGGAUGUCAGAUGUUACUGUGGAAUUGAAACGAAGACAAUUGUCUGUCUGGCUAUAGAUCCCAAGGUUUGCUACGAGAAGGAGAACCGGAAUGAGAGAUUUGUCGGUGGAACGUCUUGUAACAAUACAAUUGUCGAGUACUAUGAAUGCGGAAUCCAUAGCGAAGAGCUCACCUGUCAACCGCUAUCACCUUCCACACUCAAAUGCAAGUUCGAUCCAGCAAAUGUCAAGACUUGCUAUUGUGGCAAAACACCAGCCCAUGAACUUAGGUCCAAGUGUACUGACCCUAUGCCCGAAUGUGACCAAGUAUGUGGGAAGUUGCUCAAAUGUGGAUGCACUUGUCUUGCUAAGUGCCAUGAAGGUGACUGCGAGUGUUACAACAUUAUAGAAACGAAAUGCUCCUGCAACAAUGCCAGCUAUCUCGUACCAUGCAAGGCUCUCCAACAAGGAUUUGUCGCCAAAUGUCGUCAUAAGUGUACAGCAGCACUCAGUUGCAGAAAGCACUACCAUAGAGAAGAAUGUUGCGAGUUUGAGCAGAUUGCACUAAAAAGAGAAAGGGAACAGCGGAAACAAGUGAGAAAUCGUGUUCGAACAAACUUCGAGGACCUGCUCUUGACUAUGGAGCCCAUCCAUAUUUGCACAAGAACAUGUAAUCUCUUGAAGCCUUGUGGAUCCCACUACUGUGAAGCCAUGUGCCAUAGUGGUCCAUGUGGAGUUUGUCUCGAGUCUUCCAACGAGGAUCUUGUUUGCCAUUGUGGGAAAACCGUCAUUCCUGCUCCUGUUAGAUGUGGAACCAAAAUCGUAUGCCAGGAACAAUGUGUCAGAGAAAAAGAAUGUGGCCACGCUCCAGAGCCGCAUAGAUGUCAUGAUGAUAACAAGCAAUGUCCUAAGUGCACCAAGUUAGUGGAGAAAACAUGCAAUUGUGGAGCCAAGCUGUUGAAGCAUGUUCUUUGUUCAGUCACCAAUGUUUCUUGUGGAAGAAUAUGCAAUUCUAAGUUACAGUGUGGCCAUGUAUGUAACAGAGCAUGCUCUCAUGAUUGUGUGGAGGGCCGUCAUGCUGAUGUUGCUGCCUGUCGGUUGACAUGUCGCAAGAUAAGAAAAAACUGUCCUCACAUGUGCCAGGCAAAAUGUCACUACUCGAAGAAAACACCAUGCGAUGCAACCAUUUGUAAGGAGGAGGUAGUGAUCACUUGUGAGUGUGGAAGAAUGUCCCGAAAAGUUCCAUGUGGAGCACUGAUGGCUCUUCCAACGAAGAUCGGUACUAUUUUUGGAUGUGACGAUGAGUGUGCUAGAAUCAAGAGAGAAGAAGAGCUCAAGAGCAUUUUCCACAAUUCCCCGGCAACACAUGAGAGUACUUACCCCGAAUCUGUAACUAGCGUUUUCCGUCGUCAGGUCAACUGGUGCCUGAAGAUGGAGUCCAUCAUUCGCAACUUCGUCAGUGACUACAUGGACUGUGUUGCUGCUGAGCUUCCGGCAAAGAAAAGUCUCCACUUCCCUCCUAUGAUGAAACCACAGCGAGAAUUUCUUCACAACUUAGCCGAGGUUUACAGGCUUUACUCCGAGUCGCAGGACCGGGAACCCAUGAGAUCAGUGUUUCUUUGCAUUACUAACUUAUCGGUAUUACCCACUCUCACAAUUAGGCAGGCAUUGGAUAAGGAAGAAGAUAUGGAGAGGAAAAGAAUUCAACUUGAAGAAAUGAAGCUCUCGCAAUUAAAUGAAGCAUUUUUUAAUGCCAUUUUGAUCCAGGAUGUGUUCUUUGGAGUUACGAAGGAAGAAGUGGAAAAGAAGGUUAAUGAGAUUCUCGAGAACCAUCCUGAGAUCAAAGAAUCACAACUUGAAUGGAUCAAGGAUUCAACUUAUGUGUUCUAUGACAAACAUUUCGCCGAAAUGGAUAAGGAUAAAGAGAAUGAGCUUUACAUUCUCCUGAAAACCUUCAAGAAGGUGUUGAGAGAGAAGUUGAUUGCUUUUGAUUGCAAGAUGUGUUUGGUUAAUGAGGACGUAGACCUCAUUUUGAAAACUGACCUGAAUAAUGUUGUUGCAAGUACUGUUGAAGAAAAGGAGAAGCCUGAGGGUUCCAACAAUCUCUACAGUAUUUUGCAAAAUCAAGAACAAGAGGUGGAGAGUUAG